UGUGUGAAUGCAAAAUAAGUCAUCGAUUGUGUGGUUAUUAUAAGUCAAAUGAUAUAUAAUUUUGGUUGUAUUUUAUGGUUAUAUGUUAUGGGCGUCGGUAGUGAUGGUGUUAAGAUUGUACGGCACAUCCGUGUAUAAUAUGGCCGACCGGAGCACAGGGUGUGUGUAGUGCUCGCCAUCUGCCAGUAUGUGAGGGCUCGGCGUUGUGUUUGUGAGUGGCUGUCAGUCAGCACUGGAAUGACUGUAUUACUGAAUCGUUGGUAAGACUCCUGACGCGGGCGGCGAUUGGCUGGCAUUGGUUGUGGCACUGGUAUGGUAUGAGCACUACUGUUAGGAGCGCUCGCGUAUACCGUCUCUCCCUCUCUCUCUAUAUAUGCGAGCACUGGUAGUGCAGUGUAGCGGCAAAUACAUUGACUCAAUGAUAUGACUGUAAUAUGAAAAAGUAUUGAAUGUUAUGAGCCGUAUGACUGUUAUAGUAAUUAAUACUUUAGUCGAACAUUUGGUACUUUAUAUUGAUAUGAUUGCCGGCGAUAAGUGCCUCGUAUAGAGUCGUUCGUCGCCGUAAUUCGCGUUCACUUUACUAAUGGCCAGAAGGGAUGUGCAGUCAAUGGACGGACUCUAUAAUAGGCGGUGACCUAUAUUUAUAGGCAGACAGAGAGUACAGUCCGCACUACACGACAUCCCUUACAACCAUUUGGACGACAUUUUGACCAAAUUAUCGAAAGUGAAGACGUGGUAAAUAUCAAGAUGUCGAGCAAAUCGGGUAUUCGGUCGCUGGUCUGCGAUGCUAACGGAAUAAUAGUGGCCGAAAUGGUCUAUCGGUGUAUGAUAUGUUCGGCCAUUAAUGAAGGUCUGGAGGACGCGCAACGACACUAUCAAAUGGAGCACAUCGAUGAUAAUGGCGUCGAAAAGAACUCAAGUCAACCAUUAAUGGCAAUGGACAGCGACCUCGAGGACGAAGAUGACCUCUCAAUGAACUUUGAAGAGUCAAUGUAUGAGGAAAUGGAUGGCAAUCAGGUCGCCACCAACUCAGUCACGGUUAUGAAUCAGUUUGAUAACAGACCAAAUAAGCCGAUGAAUUUCGCUCAGCCCUCAAAUUUUAUGAUGGCUGGUUCACCAUAUGAUAGUCCAGCACCAGUUAAACCGUCACCAAAGAGAGUCGGCGGAGGAUUUGUGACCUGCGAAGUAUGUGGACUAACCAAAUACUAUUCACACAUAUCUCGACGAUACGGAGUCUUCAGUUGCGAAAGUUGUGCGAAGUUUUUCUACAGAUAUCUAUUAAAGCCAUCGAAGUUCACGUGUGCUAAUAAUGGUAACUGUUCGCUGAAAAUUGAUGUACCCGGCGGUCGAUGUAAAGCAUGUUUAUUACAAGCGUGCCUUCAAAAGUAUAUUAUUGAUCCUAAAAAGCACCCGAAAAUAUUUAACCGAACCCCCGGAAGUGAUGGCGGUGGAGAUGGAUUGGGUGGUCUCAGUCAGAUUCCGGCCAAUGUUCAGAUAAAGAUCAAUCCAAAGCCUAGUAAAGUGGUAAUAAAACCGAACAUCAAGAAGGAACCUCCAAUAUCAUUGGAUCCAACAGAAAUUAAUAUGAAUAUUAAUUUGGACGACCCAACAACAGUUCCAUUACCACCACUGACUAUAACCCCUAAACCUGCCACAAACGGUAUUGUAAUUAAGGCCAAUCCUGGAGGUUCUGGCAAACGUAAGCAGCAGUUUAAUGAAGAUGGAACAGCUGUUCCUCGAAGUCGUCGAAUUGGAUGUCGCGAGUGUCCCGGCUGUUUGGCUGAUGACUGUGGACAAUGUUUGUAUUGUUUGGACAAACCUAAGUUUGGGGGCAAUGACGUGAAAAAGCAGCGCUGCAUAAAAAGGCGGUGCCAUAGAGCUAACUUCUCGACUAACCCGUAAUACAUUUCAUUUUAGUAGACACCACACCUUUCACUACUGUCUAACAGAUGAGAUAGUGAGGCUUCUCAUGAGUCGGUAAUUGAGUAAACAAUUUUUUGGACUUUAUUUAAUUAUUAUUAUUAUUGAUAUAAAUUAUGGUUAUAUUAAUGUUUUUAUUUUGAUUAUAAUUAUUAUUUCCUCAUAUAUACAACAGUUUAGAAUUAAAUAUUUAUUUUGAUUUCUAAACGACUCAUCGAUUAUAUAUAAAAUAUUUCAUUAAAUUAGAGGCUUUGCUAAAUAAAACCAAGUUAUUGUUUUUAAUAAAGGGUUAAUUAAUUAACGCUUUUAUUAAUAAAUUUAAUUAAAAGUUAGUAAUACUAUAUUAUA